AUGACGGAAGAGGACCGAGUUGAUAUCUCCGAGGAAGUCAACCCACCGAUUCCAACUCAUUCCCAACCGUCCCCGGCACACGCUCCGCCGCCUCCGACUCCUGCAGGCAUACUCCCGGCGUAUUCGGGCGCCCCUCCGACACAUCUCCCGCCCUCGACGUCUUCAGGGGCGCCCCUUCCACCAGUCUCACUGACAUCAUCCGCCUCUGAUAACCAAGCCCGCAUCACGGCACUCGAGGGCACGGUCAACCAAAUGACCGCCAACAUGGCAGAGCUGCUCGCCCUACUUAGAGGACCGAACCGCGCAUCCUCGAGCUUCACACCUCCACCGAGACAAGGGUCGACAGUCGAUCCGACCCCUUGGGUUCCGCCAACUCAAGCCCCGGAGAACAUGGAUGCGCCCGCGCCACCAACACUGCAUACGUCCAUGGCUCACCCCUUUACCAGUCCAUUUUCGCCACCGCCGGCCCCCACAACCGUCCCUCUUCCACCGGUGGCGUUCCUCACUUCGAAUCAGGUCCUAUUCGCGCCGCCACCUGUUUCCAUGCCGGCCCCGGCCGCGAUCUAUACUGUCCCUCCGCCGAUGGUUUUUCCGGCCUUAAGCGCACCUGCUCCGACUCACCCUCAAGUCGCGGAUCUUCCCUCCUAUCCGCCUCCACAACCUCACAUCAACUUCUCCUACCAAACACCACCCCCUAUAAACACCACCUUCCUCGAACCAGGCAUGCCGAUUCACGCGGCCCAGGUCGCUUCACCAACGCACUUUUUCCCCGAGGCCGACGACGAGCAGGAGCGUAGACUGAAGCGAAUGGAAGAGACGAUACGGGCCCUACAAGCAAGUGAUACACGACCGGAUGCGCGCUACGGUGACUGUAGUCUUUUCCCGGGAAUGCGGCUGCCCCCGAAAUUUAAGAUCACGGAGUUCAAGACCUACGGAGGCACGACAGAUCCGCGACACCACCUUCGCCAUUACCGAGGGAAGAUGCUACAGUAUUGGGGGUACGAGGAGUUCGUCAUCCACUCCUUCCAAGACAGCCUCUCGGGAUCCGCUCUCGAUUGGUUUAUGUCACUGAAGGCCGAAGACAUUCCGACGUGGGCAGACCUUUCCCGGAAGUUCAUCGACCAAUAUCAGUAUUGCGCCGAAGCACCUCCCACCCUUUUGGAAUUAAGCACAAAGGAGAUGGCGCGGGGCCAAAGAGGGAUAAAUUAUUCGCACCUGUUGGCCCACACCUCUUCGUUCUCCAACCCCAUCGAAGCCGGGAAAAAGCUUGACUUGGGGAUCAAGCUCGGCAGGAUGGAGGGCCCCACCGGUAAAGGAGAGGAAUCCUCGAAUAAGGUCCCUGCCACGACAUCGUCUUCCAGCGGAAGGAGAGGGAAGGAAGUUUCAGUGAACGCCGUCAAUCCACCACAACCGACGCCCCAGCAAUACUCGGUGAAUUUCACGACCUCACCAACUGCCGCUCCUGCCUACUUCCCCCCGCCUCUACAGCAUCAACACCAUUCGGUCUAUUACUCGGCUCCACCGGGCCCGCCGCCAAUGGCCUCACAACCGUUUGACCACCACUACGCACCCUCGCCGACGUCGCCCAGGCCCCUGAUCCGACCGAUAUCCCCAGGCCCGAAUUUUGACCCGUCCAUUCAGGAUCAAUCUAAACGCUGCGAGUAUCAUCAAGGUGCGCCGGGGCACACUCUCGAUAAUUGUUGGAGGUUGCUAGACGAGAUCCAAAAGAGGAUCGACAGCAACAGGCUCACCUUCAAUGCCGUCAGGCCCCCGAAUGUGCAGGACAACCCCCUCCCGGACCAUAGGCCGAGUUCGGGGCCUUCCAUCAACAUGAUCUUCGUAUGCACCUCGGGGAGGGACGAGGACGUGCAGGAUAACCCCCUUCUCUUCGUGAUCGACUACACUCCCGAGGAACCCACAGUUGGAUUCGUGGGGCACAAGGCCUCGUCGACUCCAUUCGUCGUGGAUGUCCCCGCGCGAGAACCGUGUGCAGACAGCAAGGUCCCCUGGACCUAUGAAGGAAGUAUCGGGAGUGUCGAGCAGCAGUUUAGUGUCAUGGGGGUGACACGUUCGGGGCGGGUGUACGAGAACCCGGCAGCCAAGGACAAAGGGAAGGCGCCCGCCACUGAAGUUGCGGCAGCGCCCGAAAGCUCGCCUUUUCCGUCCAAGAGGGUGACCGAAGAGGAAGUCGAAGUAUUCGUGAAGAUCAUAAAGGCGAGCGACUACAAAGUGGUCGAGCAAUUGGCCAAGUCCCCGGCCCACAUCUCAUUGCUUGCCCUCCUCCUAGGCUCGAAACCUCACCGAGAAGCCCUCCUCCGGGUACUGACCGCGGCACAGGUCCCCAAGGAAACGCCUCCCGAUAGGAUAAAGGAGACCGUCGGUUCCAUCUUCUCCAAUUCCAUCUCGUUCGCGGGCAUUGCUAAUCAUCGGCCGGGUCAUGAUUGA